AUCAAAGACGGGGACGGUAGGCUAGCUCUCCGCAUUGCUCGAGACGAGCUCCAAUCGAUCUGCGCUAAGGCACCGCCAAUCACAGGUCUCACACUCGUGAAGACUCGAAAGCAUACACCUGUCGCAUCGAGCGAUCGUUGCGGCUUCGUUGAAAGUUAUUGGCAACUGUCACCACAAGCAGCAACGAUGUUGAUAAAUACAGACCAGCCAGAUCUCUUAAAAACAACAUCAGAGGCUUCAAUUCAACACCCACUUUGCAUAUCACAUAUAUAAUGGCUCCUUCUCUCGAGUAUUACGAUGAGGUCUCACAAAACCUUCCCGUCAAGCCUGUCGAUACAAAGAUAAAUGGUGUUCCAGCAGUCGCGGCCGUACAGCUCGAAAAGUGCGAUCAGCAUGGUCUCGUUCUCAACCAUUUUCGCGCAUACAUCGCAGAUCUUUGCCAGCAAUUCAAUGGUGGACAUCCAGGGUCGGCCAUGGGCAUGGCUGCAAUUGGAGUGGCACUGUACAAGUAUGUGAUGAAGUUUUCCCCCAAAAACGGCAGCUACUUUAACCGCGAUCGGUUUGUUCUAUCCAACGGUCACGCUUGCCUAUGGCAGUACCUAUUCAUGCAUCUCGUUGGUGUUGAGGAGAUGACUACCGACCAACUCAAGUCAUACCAUUCCGAAAAGUAUGAUUCUAUAUGCCCAGGACAUCCUGAGAUAGAGAACGACGGUGUCGAAGUCACCACUGGCCCCCUUGGCCAGGGUGUCGCGAAUGCGGUCGGUCUCGCCAUGGCUACUAAACAUCUUGCCGCAACAUAUAAUCGUGAAGGCUACAAAGUUGUAGACAACAUGACAUAUUGUAUGAUUGGCGAUGCUUGCCUCCAGGAAGGUGUUGGACUCGAGGCAGUGUCACUUGCUAGUCACUGGAAGCUCAACAACCUGUGCAUCAUCUACGACAACAACAAUAUCACAUGCGACGGAACCGCUGAUGUCGCCAACUCCGGCGAAGACAUGAAUGCUAAGAUGAGAGCAACCGGCUUCGAAGUUAUCGAUAUCCUGGACGGUCACUCCAACGUGAGCUCGAUAGUUCACGCAUUGCUCUCCGCUCGUAACAGCGACAAGCCCACUUUUAUCAACAUCCGAACCGUAAUUGGUAUUGGUUCUUCAAAAGCUGGUACGCCAGCGACACAUGGCGCUGCAUUGGGAUUGGACGAUAUUAGAAAAAUCAAGAAGACCUCGGGUCUCAAUCCAGAUGAGCAUUACAUUCUGCCAGAUGAGAUGUACAGCUUCUUCGGAGAUGUAGCCCCUCGUGGGAAACGCCUCGAGACUGAAUGGCUAGAGACUUUGAAGUCAUACGAACAAAGUUAUCCUGAGUUGGCUGCUGAGUUCAAGCUUCGUGUCGCUGGAAAGAUGCCCGAGGAUUGGACCAAAUUCAUCCCAAAGAAAGAAGAUUUCCCAGAGGAGCCUACUGCUACUCGCAAGUCGGCAGGUCUUGUUGGCAACCCUCUUGCUGAGAACAUGAAGAACUUUUUGGUCGGCACCGCUGAUCUAACACCUUCCUGUAAUGUUGCGUAUAACAAGAAGGUUGACUUCCAGUCGCCUGAGCUUCGCACGGCUUGCGGCUUAGAUGGGGACUACACUGGACGCUACGUGCACUACGGUAUUCGUGAGCAUGCGAUGUGCGCUAUAUCUAACGGUCUUGCGGCAUUCAACAGGGGUACUUUCCUGCCGGUCACGAGUUCCUUCUUCAUGUUUUAUCUCUAUGCUGCACCCGCGGUACGGAUGGGUGCCCUCCAGGGACUGCAACAAAUUCACAUUGCAACGCACGAUUCUAUUGGUACCGGAGAGGAUGGUCCUACGCAUCAACCAAUCGCUCUGGCAGCGUUGUACCGGGCUAUGCCCAACGUUCUCUACAUGCGGCCCUGCGACUCUGAGGAGGUUGCUGGUGCGUUUGAGGUCGCAAUCGGGGCGACCGAGACCCCCAGCAUUAUCUCGCUGUCUCGACAAGUUCUACCUCAGUGGAAGCAGUCGUCACGAAAAAGUUUUGCAAAAGGCGCCUACGUCUUGGUUGAGGAAGAGCACUUUGAUGUGACCCUCAUCUCGACAGGUUCUGAGAUGGUUUAUGCCAUGCAGACCCGCGAACUUCUGAAAGAGAAAUUCAACCUCACCGCACGCGUUGUCUCAUUUCCUGUUCCUCGCCUAUUCGAGCAACAGUCUCGCGAGUACAAGCAGACAGUGCUGAAGUCCAAGGCCGCAAAGCUUACAGUCGUCAUUGAAGCAUACGCAGCGAAUGGCUGGGAACGUUACGCAGAUGCUGCCUUCUCAAUGCGCAGGUUCGGUAAAAGCUUGCCCAGCAAGACGGCAUACAAGUACUUUGGUUUCGAGCCUGAGAUUAUGGCGCCGAAAAUUGAGGCGCUGGUCAGAGAAGUGCAGCAGGACGGCAUUGAGGUCUUGAGGGGUGACUUCAGAGAUCUCAACGGCACUUUGGGUAUUGGUUUUGAGCACUAGAUAUGAAGCCGAGUUUUUGUCUGUUAUAUUUGUAAGCAAUUUAGUUUUACACGUCACAUUUAGUAUCAUUACAAUCAAUUCACCAAUCACG